AUCGGCGGAUCGACGACUCCCUUGCGACCGCCGAUUGGACGAUCAGGGACAAGUUCAUGGCGAGUGGCAAAGGUCGCACUGCCCUGCCGGGGCAAGCUAUGGAUCUUGAUGUCGUCUCCGAUGGCGAGGGUGUUCCGGACGAUGAGGUCACCCACGUGCCUGCUGCCGCAAAGCGCAAAGGAGAGGCUGGCGCCUCCCCUACUAAACGGGCGGCCUCCGACUGCGGCGAGGGCAUCACAGUGGCUAUGUUGAAAUCGCUGUUCGCAGAGCAGACAGCGGACCUGAAGGCCAGUUACAGAGGUGAAAUGAAGGAUGCAAUCAGGGCGUGUGAAGACAGGCUUGUCAAGACGGUGGAAAAUGCAAAGGAGGACUUGACCUCUCGCAUCACCCGAGGACAGCAGGACAUUUCCAAGCUGCAAGCCAGCCAUGAGGCACUGGAGGCCCGUCUCGCGAAGAUGGAGCAGCACAAGCCGAGCGGGGGCUCCGGACUGUCGGAAGAAAGAGGGCCUGCCGUCGUGUUUGGAGGGUGGCGAACGGACACCAAAAAGACCCUGAUCCUGUCCGAUCUGAACGCGGUGCUCAAGGAUGUCCAGAUGGACCAGCAACUGGACAGUGCCCCCUGGGUUCCUGCAGUGCGCCACAGUAUCUCCAUCCUGGAAUUCAGGCAGAGGCAGAGUGAGAAUCUGGACGGAGUGAGGCGCCGGAUGCUGGCGGUGAUUGCGGCAGUGAAUGGAGCCAGGGUCCAGUCGGAGAACACGCAAGAGGGAAAGUUCAUCUGGGCCACAAUUAGUCGCCCGAGAAGCGAGAGAGGCCCUGGCUACCACUGCGGCAAGGUCAGGAAGCUGCUCUACCAGCUGGACAUCGGGGUUGCAGAAGCUGAGUGCGCGUAUAGCACGGGCAGUCUCUGGCUGAAGGACAGACUGGUGGCCUCGGUUGAGAAAGUUGCCAACAACAUGGGGGUUAAGAAGGGAAAACUGGACCACUCCUGGAUUGACACGGCGUUGAUCGCAGAGCUCUCGGGCAGGAAGCAGGUGGACAUUGACGAGGCAUGGGAUGGGAUUGCGCAGAGCUGA